CCACUUGCAUUCACAAAAGGCAGAGUCUUAUCCACACUCAACAGCGGAAAUUCCCCAACUGAAAGAGCGCCAGAGCUACAAUGGCGAUGCUCUGUGCUUCCUCCUCUACCGCCACUUUUUCUUUACAUUCCACUCUUAACAAUGCGAACGCAAGUAACAGAGCCAUUCCUAGAAUGUCACUCGUUGCUGGAUUUCCUCUCCCUCAAUCAAAAUCUUCUUUUCUUCAAACUCAGACUACGAUUACUCUAACCUCCAAGCCGAAGAGUUCUGUCUUUCAAGUGCGAGCUCAGGAGCUGGAUCGCGUCCCUUUGGAGCAGCGGUGGAUGUUCGAGGGCGACGAGAUUGACGGCCCUGACAUUUGGAAUAAAACAUGGUACCCGAAGGCUGCUGAUCAUGUGAACACUGAAAAACCUUGGUAUGUGGUUGAUGCCACUGAUAAGAUUUUGGGAAGAUUAGCUUCAACCAUUGCCAAUCAUAUCCGAGGGAAGGAUUUGCCAACCUACACUCCUAGUGUGGAUAUGGGGGCUUUUGUGAUUGUGGUAAAUGCAGAAAAAGUUGCCGUGUCUGGUAGAAAGAGGACACAAAAACUGUACAGGAGGCAUUCGGGGCGACCGGGUGGCAUGACAGUAGAAACUUUUGACCAGCUACAGCAGAGAAUUCCUGAAAGAAUUAUUGAGCAUGCUGUUCGCGGUAUGCUUCCGAAGGGGAGGCUUGGAAGAGCACUUUUUAACCACUUGAAGGUUUACAAAGGACCAGACCAUCCACAUGAGGCACAAAAGCCAGUUGAUCUGCCAAUUAGGGACAAAAGGAUAAACAAGGAAAGAUAGUAUGAACUACAAAGAAACAAAGCUUUCUUGCUCUAGGAUUCCAAUGUUCAUAGACUCUGAGUUAGAGUUUUCAUGCUUCAGCCCAGUCUGAUGUUAGUAUUUGAGUUGUAAUUUCAUUCCAAGUUCUAGUCUUCUCUCGGGUAACAUGAUGCUUGGCCUGAGUGGCAUUUGAAAAUUAUUUAUUCACAAAGUGGAAAUCUUUAAAUCUCGUCUCGU